AUGUCUCGAAGCGGGCGGAGCGCAGACCCCGUCGAGACGCUGAUUUACAGUGUUCUUCCGGAGCUCAGUCAGCUCCCGGAACGCGCGCGCCGGGAACGGGUCGCAGAGCUCGCUGAAUAUUGUGACGACAUCCUCAACAGCUCCCUCCCACUCGGUUCCAACGGACUCGCGGACACCGCUCGGAGACAGCUCACGAAUCCGGACGAUGCGCUCCGCUUCAACUCCUUAUGGUCGUCCAUCCAGCGUGGCUUCCUCACCGCCCUUGCGGGCAUGUCCUCCGAGGAGCCUAAGAGGUUCUCGGCGAACAAAUUCUCCUCUCCGCCGCCCAAGUCUCGCCCAUCCUCCGUCACGGUCCUGAACGAGGUUGACCUUGCCUCACCACCGCGGACACCAGUACCGUCAGCAGCGGGCAAGUCGAAGGCUGCCCUUCUUCAGGAAUGGCGGACACAGCACCACCAUCCACCUUUCCCCGAGCAUUUGCUCCUCCGUGACGCCCUGUACCUGUUGCAGGGCAUCGACGGGCGAUAUGUGCAGUUUGCGCUGUCGGCCGAGCCGCAACGAAAUCCGUACUUGACGGAUAAGGGCCGAGCAGGCGACGGUACGGGAUUCCCGCUCGGGAAGGAAGGGCAAGAUCCAGAAGCGGGCGAGCAGGAAGUCGUCGGCAUCAAGAUCGUGGAAGACGAGGGCAAGGGCGUCAUCUCUCAACCGACAAAGAGUGUCCUCGUGCAGCUCAGCGAGAUGGGCGUGCUGUACCGCAAGAUCACAAACUUCAUCAAGCAGCACCAAGCAGCUGGACCCAGCGCAAAGAGCGGAAUGAUCAUCCAGCUGAGCGAGUACCAUCGCCUCCUUGCCGUUCUCGAGUCGCAGAUGUCAUUGACUGCUCCGGAUUCGACGUCGCCGGCGGAGGGAUCUGGAUUGACGCUUCUCCGACUUGGACUCUGGACAGAGGACAUGAAGCUCAAGCUCCAGCUCAUGGAGAUGGUGGUUGACGAUGCCGAGUCCGCCCACGGAGGAGCUCUGGUCUCAAAGAUCCACUCCCGAACAGCACACGGCGACCCAGUCGUACGACAGUUUACCGACCAAAUUCUUGAGGAGGUGUCGAAGCCGUUCUUCCUCACGCUGCAGAAGUGGAUCACGUCGGGCGAGCUGCACGAUCCGUUCAAGGAAUUCUUUGUCCAGCUCAAUCCGGACAUGGCGAACGGCGACGAUGCCGUCAACUAUACGGGGGAUGCUGGAUUCGAGGAGGGCUUCGACAUUGGAGGCGGCGUCAGCGACUCGUCACGGAUAUGGGAGAAGAAGUAUGUCUUCGUCAAGGCCAUGGUGCCUGGCUUCAUCAACCAGGACUUCGGCAAGAAGAUCUUCUCGACCGGCCGCUCGCUCAACUUUAUCCGGUACAACUGCUACGACUCGGACUGGGUCACGGAGAAAGCGACCUUAGCCAACAGAGAUGGUAGUGACAUCGACGAUGCAUACUCAACCGCUUCCCAGCGAUUACUGGACAUCUUCUUCGACAAGUACAAGCUUCUCGACCACCUCCGAGCACUCAAGUCGUACCUGAUGCUCGGCGCUGGCGACUUUGCCGAGCUUCUGAUGGAAGCGCUUGCGCCACGAUUGGACAAGCCAGCCAUCAGCCUGUACCGACAUCAUUUGACGUCGGACCUCGAGUCGGCCAUCCGCGGCUCGAAUGCGCAGUACGACAGUCCAGACGUCCUGCGACGCCUCGACGCCCGUGUCCUCGAGUACCAACACGGCGAGCUGGGCUGGGACUGUUUCGCGCUCGAGUACCGAGUCGAGUCGCCACUGAACGCGAUCCUGGACGCGCGCGCAAUGGACGGGUACGACCGCCUCUUCCACCACCUGUGGCGUCUGAAGCGUGUCGAGUCAACGCUGACGGCGGGCUGGAUGCGAGUCACGUCCGAGUCGCGCAACUUUGACAAGCUCCCCAACCUCGCCAACCUAUGGCACCACUGCCGCGUUGUGCAGGCCGAGAUGGUGCACUUCCUACGCCAGCUGCAGGCGUUCAACCAGCUCGAGGUCGUCGAGUGCUCCUGGCGCGACCUGAUCGAGUACACGGACAAGCGGGACGGGGACCUCGACGCGCUCAUCGUUGCGCACAAGACGUACCUGGACCGUAUCGUGCGCAAGAUGCUCCUGCUUUCGCCGCGGAAGGAUGACAAGGACGCCCUCCUGAACCUCGUCCGUGAAGCUCUCGACUUGAUUUUGACGUUCUGUGCGGCGACCGACGACCUAUUCUCGUGGAGCUUGGCCAUGGCUGUGUCGCUCGACGCUAAGCGCGACCGCGAGCGAGGCAUCCGCAAGGCGCUCUCGAAUGCUGAGAGCGCUCCGCCGGACUUUGACAAGCUCGAGGAUAUUCGCGAGCGGAUUCGUAACUGCGCGGGGCAGUUCGGCGACACGGUUUCGAUCCUCUGCAAGGAGGCUGGCGCGCACCCGGACCUCGACGUGCGGUUCCUCGCGAUCCGCAUUGCGUUCAACGGGUACUACGGGCUCAAGAGGGGCAGCAAGAAGAAGUAG